GUUGGAUUCGAGCAGAGCACUGAGAGAGUUCAGACUAUUUUGCAGCUCUGUGGCAGUUCACAAAUUGCUGUCGCUGCGCACGGUCCAAAAAGUGAAUAAGAAGAAUACAAAAAAAAAAGAAAAAAGCAAUAAAGCAUAUUCAUAAAACAGCAAGAAGAAAAAAAAAAGUACAAAAAAUAAAUAUACAGACUGCGCGCUUGAAAAUCUAAUUGAAAUGUUGGCGGCGUAACCAACGCAAUAAAUGCGCUAGCACAAAAAGUUUUGUUGAGUGUUAAUAAUUUAUUUAUUAUAAUUAUUGGAUGGCAAUGUGCAAGUGCAUGCAAAUGUGCAAAAUGCUUUAUUAGCCUGCGAGUGUGAGUGUGUGUGUGUAACAAAUGAAAUUGGCAAUACAAUCCAAUCAGAAAGUGUGUGUACUUUAUGGAAUAUGCACAAAGUUCUACAACAGCAGCAGCAACAAUAGCAACCACAACAAGUAAUACUAUAGCAACAACAACAACAUUAACAGCCUGACCAUGGAGCUGAGCAACUUUUCCAACAAGAAAAUGUCACGCGAGGAGCGUCGCUAUUCAGUGCCGCAUGGUCCAAAUACUCCGUUGCCGCCAGCGGCAUCCGAAGAUCUGCAUGCCUGGUCCAUUUAUAGACAAAAUUUAAACUCUGACUUCACCGAUUCAGCGCUGGGCUCCUCAGACAAAUCACCGCUGCCAUAUGGAAAUUUCCAGCUACGCGACACCACAGUCCAAUCAAUUUUAAAUCAUCCGCGCUACGGACCCAAAUCCCCGCUGGGUUCGAACAUGUACACAUAUCUAAAGUUUGGACUGCCGCGCGUCUUUCCGCCCAACGCAGGCUCACAGCGCUCACAUCGUCCCGGUCCUGGACCCGGUCCAGGUGGCUCUAGUGCCUUGGGUGGAGUGCGUGGCCGUGUGAAUCGUGGCUUUAGGGACAGCUCUGGUGCUCCAGCUGGAGCUGGUUCGAGUGGCUACGACAGCAGCGACAACGAAACCACACGCAGUCGUGUGCCGCCAAAUUUGCGCAAAUAUCGCAGCGAAUCGGAUUUCCGUGCCAUCAGCGGCAUGGGCAUGGCCAUGGCGCAUUCCCGGCCAGAAUCGAGGGCACAGGGAGGCGUGCCUUCGGCCGCAUUGCGUCAGGCGAACAGCAGAGCUAGCAUAGCUGUGGGUCAGCAUCAUCAUCAUCUGCAGCAGCAGCAACAGCAACAACAGCAGCAACAAUACAUGACCAAUGGCAAACACUACGGACAUCGUUCGCACAGCGAAGCAGAUCUUCUGGGCGCACACAUGGUCGAUGGCGGUGGAUUGGGCUACGACUAUGGAGAGUCACGCAUCUAUGGCAGCUCACGGCAUCACGCGCAGCCAACGUAUGGACGCAAGCAGUCGCAACUGGGACUGAUCUAUCCGAACAUCCAGGUGCACUGCCUCGACGUGAGUCCAAGUCUGCAUGGAGUCUCCUUGCAGGCGAAGGCCGGCGACUUGUUUGCCAUCAUGGCAACCUCACAACGCGAGGGCAGCGCUCUGGCCGAGUGUCUGGCUGGUCUAAGGGAGCGUCUGGGUGGCGAAAUACUCAUCAACGGACAGCAGGUGAAUCGUCGUGGCUUGAGGGAACUCUGCAGCUAUGUGCCCGCCUUGGAGGUGUCCUCUCUAGACCCACGCAUGAGCGUGCAGUGCACCCUCAAUUUCCAUGCUGCAUUGCGUGGUCCACUGGAUCGCAGUGAUCUGAAGGAGCGCAUGGAUGUCUUGAUUGAGGAUCUGGGACUCAAUACAGUGCGUGCUUCGAAUGUCUCCACGCUGACGCAUUCGGAGAAGCAACGGCUCAGCGUUGCCUGCCAGCUGCUGGCUCAGUCAUCGCUGCUCAUACUCGAUCAGGUCACCAGCAACAUGGACAUCUUUGACACAUUCUUUCUGGUCGAGUAUCUGCGUCAAUGGUGCAGCAGUGGUCGCAUUGUCAUCAUGACGCUGCAGCCACCCACAUUCGAAAUCUUGUCCAUGUGCUCCGGCGUACUCUUGCUGUCCGGCGGACGCACCGUCUUCUCCGGCAGCCGUGCGGAUCUGCCACGCCACAUGGGCGAACUGGGAUAUCCGUGUCCGCCAUUCAAGAACCCGGCGGAUUAUUAUCUUGAUCUGGUCACCCUCGACGAUCUGUCAGCAGCCGCCAUGCUGGAGUCUUCGGCCCGCAUUGAAUCGCUGGCCAAUGCCUGGGAUCAAAUCAACUCGGAGCCGCCGCUUGCCGCGCCGCCCGCCUCACUGCCCAACUUUACGCUCAAAGCGGGCUUCUUUGGCCAGACGAAGGCGUUGAUCAAACGCUUUGCUGGCUACAAGCAGCCAGGAUCGCUGCUCACCUGGAUUAGCAAACUAAUUGCUGCUGCCGUGCUCUCGCUGUGCAUUGGUUGCAUCUUCUGGGAUGUCCCAGCAUCGGAUCCACAGCUCACGUACAACGAUCGCUUUGGCUAUCAUCACUGCGUCAUGGUGUUGGCCUAUUGGCCGCUGGUUAUGCUCACCAUACGCGACACGCAGGAGGAUCGACGCCAUGCCGAGCGCGACAUACGACUGGGACUGUACUCGCGCAGUCUUUACAUUAUUAUACAGAGUUUGCUGGGUCUCUUUCCAAGCUUGUGUAUUUGGCUGGCGUAUUUGCUGCCCGCGCAUAGCAUGGCCGGACUUUACACCUACUCCAACAGCAGCGACAUGGGCAUCUACUUGUACAUGGGUCAAAUGUUGCUUUAUUUGACUGUCAUCCAAACACUUGCAUUGCUCUGCGCUCAUCUGUUGCCUUGUAAGGCUUCCGCCAGUCUGGUGAAUGGCCUCAUUAGUUUGGCCCUCGCUGCCGUCGGUGGUUAUUUGGUGCAUCCACGUAAUCUGGCCAAAUUCUGGUCCUGGUUGCAGCUCGUCUCGCCACAGCGUUGGCUGCUGCCUGUGCUGGUGCAGGACGAGUACAGCGCCGAAACGUUGGCCAACUCGAUGGGUCUGCAGCUGUGCCGCAAUAAACAAGUGCAGCAUCAGGAGAUCAUUGUGCAGCAGCAGUGUCCGCCUCCAAAUGGCACCCAAGUGUUGGUCGAUUUCCAACUGCUGCCCGCACAGCAUGUGCUUGAUCCCACAGCCAGCUAUGAACAGACCACCUCAGUGGCCUUGGUGCUGGCUUCCGUGGUGCUCUUCUGUCUGACGUUCAUCAUCUUUGUGUGCAAUUGCCGUGGCGCCUGUCGCAAGCGACGCAGUCGACGCUAUUAG